AUGUCUGCAUUGGUCGAUGAUCUUGCCAUGCGGAUCCCGCCAUCCUCAUGUCUUGUCUGCCAGUUCAAAAAGUUACGAGCGUCCUGUUCCAACACGGAGAACAAGACAACCGUACUCGUCUUCGACCCCAGCACGGGAGUCUAUACCUUAAAGAAGAUCGAAGAUAUCGACGCCGAAAAACAAAACUUCAUCUACCGCAAAGGCCUGCCCACCUCAGCGCAAUCCAUCAAGGUCCAGCUUCCCGGAGAAACGAAACUUCUUGCCGAAGUCCGUGUCGACAGCGCGCGCACGCGACAGGGACUGAAGCACCAGCGUUCGCUGGUCGAUGGUUUCUACAUCAUGCCAGGGAGGCCAGGCACUCAAAUGACAAUGAACCCCAAGCGCACGCGCGAGGGUCAGCUGGCAGAGCUACCGGCCCCCGGUUUCUUCAACCAAACAAGGCACCCAGUGGAACUACCCGCAGACGAAACCUCUCCGGUGCCUGCCCUCCCUUCCUCGCCGACGCCGUUGCUGCUCCCGCCUCGGACCCCACCGAAAAAUGCGCGCAAGGCUCCACAACUGCUCGCUCCACCUCCCAGGGAGGUAUUUUCGGAGAAGAGGACUUCGUACGGCAGUAGCUUGGGGAGCGCGAGCAUUCACAUCGCUUACCUGCCGAGUCAUCAGGACGACGUUGAGAGAGAUGGAAUACCGGAUCCGUGCAAUGUGAGUCCUUCCAUUCCGCAUCCCGGACUGCGAGUAUCGAUUCUCCGUGCUUUCAUCGAUGCUUGA